GAAGGAGAGCAUAUGGAGCCCGGAAAGGAGCUGAGCAUAACACUCGGUGGAAGAUGGCAGAAGGGGGAGAGGGAGAAGAGGAGAUUCAGUUCCUGCGAACGGAUGACCAGGUUGUUCUGCAGUGCACUGCCUCCGUUCUAAAGGAGCAGCAGAUCAAACUCUGUCUGUCCUGCGAGGGUUUCGGGAACCGUCUCUGCUUUCUGGAAACCACAUCUAACGCUCAGAAUGUGCCCCCAGACCUGGCUAUAUGCACAUUCAUCCUGGAGCAGUCGCUCUCAGUCCGAGCCCUGGUGGAGAUGCUGGCCAACACAGUGGAGAUGACCGAGGCAGUCGAUUUGGACAAGUGGUCGUCGCAGGGUGGAGGCCAUCGCACCUUACUGUACGGUCAUGCCAUUCUUCUGAGACACCACCACUCAAGCAUGUAUCUGAGCUGUUUGACCACAUCUCGAUCCCUCACUGACAAGCUGGCCUUCGAUGUGGGCCUGCAAGAGGAUUCCAUUGGUGAGGCGUGUUGGUGGACAAUUCAUCCAGCUUCCAAACAGAGGUCGGAAGGUGAAAAGGUCAGGGUGGGUGAUGACCUCAUUCUCGUCAGUGUGUCGUCUGAGAGAUACCUGCAUCUGUCCUACGCCAGCGGAGAUCUGAUGGUGGAUGCCUCCUUCAUGCAAACUCUGUGGAACAUGAACCCGAUUAGUUCGGGAUGUGAAUUAGCUGAGGGAUAUCUGACAGGGGGUCACGUUCUCAGGCUGUUUCACGGCCACAUGGACGAGUGUCUGGCCAUCCCAACGCCAGAGGAAGGAGAGGAAAAGCGCAGGACGGCUCACUAUGAAGGCGGUGCUGUGUGCAGUCAGGCUCGGUCCUUGUGGAGGCUGGAGCCCCUCAGAAUCAGUUGGAGCGGCAGCCACAUGAAAUGGGGACAGUCUUUCCGUAUUCGCCACAUCACCACGGGUCGGUACCUCUGUCUGGAUGACGACAAGGUCCUGAUGGUGGUGGACCCGGAGAAGGCCAACACCAAACUGUCUGCAUUCUGCUUUCGCAUCUCAAAGGAGAAGGUGGAUGUGGCUCAGAAACGGGACGUAGAGGGAAUGGGAAUUCCUGAGAUAAAGUAUGGAGAGUCCAUGUGCUUUGUUCAGCAUGUGUCCACAGGACUGUGGCUCACGUAUGCCGCCCUGGAUGCUAAGGCUGCUCGGUUAGGAACAAUGAAAAGAAGGGUCAUUCUGCAUCAGGAAGGCCACAUGGAUGACGCUCUUACUGUGUCGCGUUCUCAGACAGAGGAGUCUCAGGCGGCUCGAAUGAUUUACAACACCACAGGGCUCUUCAGACAGUUCAUCAAGGGACUGGACUCUCUGAGCGGGAAGAACAAGUCUCCAGGUUCGGUUUCCCUUCCCCUGGAGGGAGUCAUCCUCUCUCUUCAAGAUCUCAUCUUCUACUUCCGGCCACCGGAAGAGGAACUGGAGCACGAGGAGAAGCAGACCAAGCUCCGCUCCCUCCGCAACCGCCAGAACCUCUUCCAAGAGGAGGGAAUGAUCACCAUCGUGUUGGUGUGCAUCGACCGCCUGAAUGUAUACAACACCGCUGCCCACUUUUCUGAAUUUGCCGGCGAGGAGGCAGCCGAGUCCUGGAAGGAGAUCGUUAACCUCCUUUAUGAGCUGCUGGCUUCUCUUAUCAGGGGGAACCGCUCUAAUUGUGCGUUGUUCUGUGAUAACCUGGACUGGCUGGUCAGCAAACUGGAUCGUCUGGAGGCCUCCUCAGGAAUCCUCGAGGUGCUGUACUGUGUCCUCAUUGAAAGCCCAGAGGUUCUGAACAUCAUUCAGGAGAACCACAUUAAAUCCAUCAUCUCUCUGCUUGACAAGCAUGGAAGGAACCAUAAGGUUCUGGAUGUCUUGCGCUCUCUCUGUGUGUGUAAUGGUGUCGCUGUGAGGUCCAACCAGAACCUCAUCACAGAAAACCUGCUGCCAGGUCGAGACCUCCUGCUUCAAACCAACAUUGUCAACUAUGUCACCAGUGUGAGGCCAAACAUCUUCCUGGGUACCUGUGAGGGGUCCACGCAGUAUAAGAAGUGGUACUACGAGAUGAUUGUGGACUACGUGGAGUCCUUUGUGACAGCGCAGGCUACACACCUGCGGGUGGGCUGGGCCAUGACUGAGGGCUACAGCCCAUACCCUGGAGGAGGCGAAGGCUGGGGAGGAAAUGGUGUGGGAGAUGACCUCUACUCUUAUGGCUUUGAUGGGGUGCAUUUAUGGUCAGGUACCGUGGCCCGGCAGGUGGCUUCGCCUAACGUUCACACUCUGGCUGCGGACGAUGUUAUCAGUUGCUGUCUGGAUCUGAGCGUGCCCAGUAUCUCCUUCCGCAUCAACGGCCAUCCGGUUCAGGGCAUGUUUGAGAACUUUAAUGUGGACGGUCUCUUCUUUCCGGUCAUCAGCUUCUCUGCUGGAGUCAAAGUUCGGUUCCUCCUCGGUGGUCGACACGGAGACUUUAAGUUCAUGCCCCCACCAGGCUACGCCCCGUGUUACGAAGCCCUGCUGCCCAGAGAGAGGAUGCGCAUCGAACACAUCAAGGAGUACAAGCACGACUUCAACGGUGUGCGCAACCUUCUGGGUCCCACCCAGUCCCUCACCCACACCUCAUUUACCCCCUGCCCUGUGGAUACAGUUCAGAUUGUGCUGCCACCCCACCUUGAACGUAUCAGAGAGAAGUUGGCAGAGAACAUCCAUGAGCUUUGGGCGGUGACUCGCAUUGAGCAGGGCUGGACCUAUGGGACUUUCAGGGAUGACAACAAGAAACUCCAUCCUUGUUUGGUGGACUUCCAAAGUCUUCCUGAACCAGAAAAGAACUACAAUCUGCAGAUGUCAGGGGAGACUCUCAAGACUCUACUGGCGUUGGGUUGCCAUGUCGGAAUGGGGGAUGAGAAGGCAGAAGAAAAUCUCAAGAAGAUCAAGCUCCCCAAGACGUAUGUCAUGACCAAUGGCUACAAGCCUGCACCCCUCGAUCUCAGCCACGUCAAACUGACACCAAACCAGAAUCAGCUUGUGGAGAAGUUGGCAGAAAAUGGGCAUAAUGUUUGGGCGAGGGACCGGGUACGCCAAGGAUGGACCUACAGCAUCGUGCAGGAUAUUGUGAAUAAGCGCAACCCUCGUUUGGUACCAUACAACCUGCUGGACGAGAGAACUAAGAAAACCAACCGAGACAGUGUUAACAAUGCUGUCCGCACCCUCAUUGGUUAUGGCUACAAUAUCGAGCCUCCAGAUCAAGAGAGCACUGGUCACGGCCUUGAGAACAUCCGCGGGGACAAGGUCCGGAUCUUCAGGGCAGAGAAGUCAUACGCCAUCACCCAAGGGAAGUGGUACUUUGAGUUCGAAGCUGUAACAACUGGAGAGAUGAGAGUAGGCUGGGCGCGUCCCUGCGUCCGCUCUGACACCGAGCUAGGAGCUGAUGAGCUAGCUUACGUCUUUAAUGGCAAUAAGGCUCAAAGAUGGCACAUUGGUAAUGAGCCUUUUGGUCGGCAGUGGCAGUCCGGUGACGUAGUUGGCUGCAUGAUUGACCUGAGUGAGAUGAAUAUCAUGUUCACACUUAAUGGAGAAAUGCUGAUCAGUGACUCAGGCUCGGAGAUGGCUUUCAAAGACAUCGAAAUUGGGGAAGGCUUCAUCCCAGUGUGCGCCCUCGGCCUGUCACAGGUCGGAAGGAUCAAUCUUGGUCAGAACGUCAGCAGCCUGCGCUAUUUUGCCAUCUGUGGCCUACAGGAAGGGUUUGAACCUUUUGCCAUCAACAUGAAGCGAGACAUCACCAUGUGGUUCAGUAAAAGUUUGCCACAGUUUGUCCCUGUUCCCACUGACCACAACCACAUCGAGGUUUCCCGCGUGGACGGCACUGUGGACAGCGCCCCCUGUCUGAAGCUGACCCAUAAGACCUUUGGGUCGCAGAACGCCAACACGGACAUGAUGUUCCUCAGACUCAGCAUGCCCGUGGAGUUCCAUGAGACCUUCAAGGUCCCAGCCGGCACCACGCCUCUCACCAGGGCCCUUACCAUUCCUGAAGAGGAGGUGGUGGUGGUGGAGCCUGACUCCGAGUUUGAGGUUUUAAAGAAGUCUGCCAGUCGUAAGGAACAGGAGGAUGAGAAGAAAGAGCCGUCUGUACCAAAAGAGAUCUCCGUAGAGAACGAGAAGGACACCAUGUCAGAAAAGGGCAAGAAAAAAGGAUUUUUCUCUAAAGCCAAGAAAGCUGCUAUGACACCUCUUGCCCCUCCUCCUGCACCUCCAACCGUACCUCGAUUGUUGGAAGAUGUGGUCCCUGAUGACAGAGAUGACCCUGAAAUCAUCCUCAGUACCACCACUUAUUACUACUCUGUGAGGAUCUUCGCUGGUCAGGAGCCAUCCUGUGUGUGGGUUGGCUGGGUCACCCCCGACUACCACCAGUAUGACCCGACCUUUGAUCUUUCCAAGGUGCGCAACGUCACCGUGACUGUGGGAGAUGACAAAGGCAACAUUCAUGACAGUAUGAAGCAUAGUAACUGCUACAUGGUCUGGGGAGGAGACCUGGUUAGCAACCAACAGACUCGCUUCAGCCAGGAAGACAUGGUGAUUGGCUGCCUGGUCGACCUGGCCACAGGCCUCAUGACCUUCACAGCCAAUGGAAAGGAGAUCAACACCUUCUACCAGGUGGAGCCUAACACCAAACUGUUCCCUGCAGUCUUCAUUCAACCAACAAAUCAGAACAUGGCUCAGCUGGAGUUGGGCAAACUGAAGAACAUUAUGCCAAUAUCAGCAGCGAUGUUCCGCAGCGAGCGGAAGAAUCCCGUCCCCCAGUGCCCACCAAGGCUGGACGUCCAGAUGCUUACUCCAGUAAUAUGGAGCCGUAUGCCAAAUAACUUCCUGAAACCGGAGGUGGGCAAAAUGACCGAGCGACUGGGUUGGAUGGUGGAGUGUGUUGAACCUCUCAUCAUGAUGGCACUGCACAUCCCUGAGGAGAACAGGUGUAUUGACAUCCUGGAGCUGUCAGAGCGCCUGGAUCUCAUGAAGUUCCACUACCACACGCUCAUGCUGUACUGUGCCGUGUGUGCACUUGGCAACAACCGAGUAGCCCACGCGUUGUGCAGCCAUGUGGACGAAUCUCAGCUCUUCUAUGCCACCGAGAACACUUACCUUCCCGGGCCUCUCCGCAGCGGCUACUAUGACCUACUGAUCAGCAUUCACCUGGAAUCGGCUAAACGGGCUCGUCUGGGCACCAACAGAGAGUUUAUCAUCCCCAUGACUGAGGAGACGCUCAGCAUCAAGCUCUAUCCUGAUGUGAAGAAGGCCCAUUCUCUACCUGGUGUUGGCCUCACCACCUGCUUACGGCCAAAGCUGCAUUUCUCAUCUGUCAACUUUGUUGGUACAAACCCUGAUAUUUACACCCUGAGCCCUGUUUUUCCAUUACAGGAGUUGAAAACCAGGGCCAUUAGCAUGCUAACAGAAGCUGUGCUGGAUGGUAGUCAGGCAAUGCGCGAUCCAGUAGGUGGUAGCGUUGAGUUCCACUUUGUCCCCAUCCUGAAGCUCAUCAGCACGCUGCUCAUUAUGGGCAUCUUCAAUGACGAGGACACCAAGCACAUCCUCAAGAUGAUCGAUCCCAAUGUUUUCAGUGGCAAAGAAGAGGAGGAGGAGGAAGGAGAAAAGACUGAGGAGGGGGAAGCUGUUGAAGGAGAGAGUGAGGAGCAGAAGGACGAGGAAACAGAGGAGGCAGCUGAUGCAGAGCUUGAGGAUGAGGGGGUUGGUGAUGAGGAAGAGGAGGGGCUAAAAGAGCUGGAGAGAGGAGAGCUAGAGGGCGAGGAUGCUAAGCCUAAGGAAGAAGGUGAGGAGGGCGGACAUAAGGAGGCCAAAGGGGGUAAAGUUGAUGGAGAGAAAGCAGAGGAAGAAAAGGAGAAAGAGGCAGUAGAACCAGAAGCCAAAGUAGAGGAGGAGGGUCCAGAGGAAGGACUACUUCAAAUGAAGCUACCAGAGUCUGUCAAGUUGCAGAUGUGCACCCUCCUGCAGUACUUCUGCGACUGUGAGCUCAGACACAGAGUGGAAACCAUCGUUGCUUACUCAGACAACUUUGUUCAGGAUGUUCAAAAGAAUCAACGUGUGCGCUACAACCUGUUAAUGAGAGCCUUCACCAUGACGGCUGCAGAAACUGCCCGCAGGACCCGCGAGUUCCGUUCACCUCCGCAAGACCAGGUUAUUUUGCUGACCAACUUCAAACAUGGUCCUGAGAAUGAAGAGUGUCCUGUUCCUGAGGAGGUGCGAGAGACGCUGGCAAAUUUCCACAACGACAUUUUGCUUCAUUGUGGUAUACACAUCGAGCACGAAGCAGAGGAAGAGGAGGUAGACACGUCACUCCGGGGUAGACUCAUCAGUCUGGUGGAAAAGGUUAAGAACUUCCGCAAAAGGGAAGAAGAGGAAAAGCCAGAGGUGGAGGAGGAACCAAAACCAAGUACCCUUCAGGAGCUUAUCUCCCACACCAUGAUACACUGGGCCCAGGAGUCUUUCAUCCAAAACCCAGAACUGGUGCGUUUGAUGUUCAGCCUGCUUCACAGACAGUACGACGGGCUGGGCGAGCUGAUACGAGCUCUGCCCAAAGCCUACGCCAUCAAUGCUGUGUCCGUUCAAGACACCAUGGACCUGCUGGAGUGUUUGGGUCAGAUCCGAUCGCUGCUCAUCGUCCAGAUGGGUCCUGAAGAGGAGAGGCUUAUGAUCCAGAGCAUUGGGAAUAUCAUGAACAACAAAGUUUUCUAUCAGCACCCUAACCUGAUGAGAGCUCUUGGGAUGCAUGAGACCGUCAUGGAGGUGAUGGUCAAUGUGUUAGGUGGGGGUGGGGACUCGAAGGAGAUUCGAUUCCCUCAAAUGGUGACCAACUGCUGUCGUUUCCUGUGUUACUUCUGUCGCAUCAGCCGACAGAACCAGCGCUCCAUGUUCGACCACCUGAAUUACCUGCUGCAGAACAGUGGCAUUGGCUUGGGCAUGCGUGGGUCCACGCCUCUGGAUGUGGCUGCUGCCUCCUGCAUUGACAACAAUGAGCUGGCUUUGGCUUUACAAGAGCAGGACCUGGAAAUGGUGGUGACGUAUCUGGCUGGCUGCGGACUGCAGAGUUGUCCAAUGCUCCUGUCUAAGGGCUACCCUGACAUCGGCUGGAACCCAUGUGGAGGAGAGAGAUAUCUGGAUUUCCUGCGCUUUGCUGUUUUUGUUAAUGGAGAGAGCGUGGAGGAGAACGCCAACGUUGUUGUGCGUUUGCUCAUCCGUCGCCCCGAAUGCUUUGGCCCAGCCCUGAGAGGAGAGGGUGGCAACGGUCUGCUGGCUGCCAUGGAGGAGGCCAUUAAGAUCUCAGAAGAUCCAGCAAGGGAUGGACCAACAGUGAAGAAAGACAGACGAUUCAUGUUUGGAGGUGAGGGACAGCAUGAAGAGAAUCGGGUUCAUCUGGGAAAUGCCAUCAUGUCCUUCUACUCUGCACUGAUCGAUCUACUGGGUCGCUGUGCUCCUGAGAUGCAUCUAAUCCAAGCAGGCAAAGGUGAGGCUCUAAGAAUCCGAGCCAUCCUCAGAUCUCUGGUGCCCAUAGAAGACCUGGUGGGUGUAAUAAGCUUGCCAGUACAGAUACCUGCCUAUGGUAAAGAUGGUCAGAUCAUAGAGCCAAAGAUGUCUGCCAGUUUUGUGCCAGACCACAAGGCUUCCAUGGUGCUGUUCCUCGACAGAGUCUACGGCAUAGACAAUCAGGACUUCCUGCUUCAUGUGCUCGAAGUUGGCUUCCUGCCUGACAUGAGAGCUGCUGCUUCUCUGGAUACAGUGGCCUUCAGUACAACUGAAAUGGCCCUGGCUCUGAACCGCUACCUCUGCUCAGCUGUGCUGCCUCUGCUCACCAAGUGUGCCCCGCUGUUCGCUGGGACGGACCAUCGAGCCAUUAUGAUCGACUCCAUGCUCCACACCAUUUACCGCCUGUCCCGUGGCCGAGCCCUGACCAAGGCUCAGAGGGAUGUCAUCGAAGAGUGCCUAAUGUCGCUCUGCAAGUACCUCAGACCCUCCAUGCUGCAGCAUCUGCUCAGGCGGCUGGUAUUUGAUGUACCCAUUCUAAAUGAAUAUGCAAAGAUGCCUCUGAAGCUGCUCACUAAUCACUACGAGCGCUGCUGGAAAUACUACUGUUUACCAAACGGAUGGGCAAACUUUGGAGUGACCUCAGAGGAGGAGCUUCAUCUAUCUCGGAAGCUCUUUUGGGGAAUCUUUGAAUCAUUGGCACAUAAGAAAUUUGAUGCAGAGCUUUUUAAGAUCGCCAUGCCGUGCCUCUGUGCUAUAGCAGGAGCCAUCCCUCCUGACUAUGUGGAUGCCAGCUACUCCUCUCACACUGAGAAAAAGGCCUCAGUGGACGCUGAAGGCAACUUUGAUCCCAAACCUGUCGAGACCACCAACACCAUCAUACCAGAGAGACUGGAUGCUUUCAUUAACAAGUACGCAGAACACACUCACGAUAAGUGGGCUUUUGAAAAGAUUCAGAACAACUGGACCUAUGGAGAGGUGUUGGAUGAGAAUGCUAAAACUCACCCAAUGUUGCGGCCAUACAAAACAUUCUCUGAGAAGGACAAGGAGAUCUACCGUUGGCCCAGUAAAGAAUCCAUCAAAGCCAUGCUUGCAUGGGAGUGGACCUUGGAGAAAGCCAGGGAUGGAGAGGGAGAGGUGGAGAAGAAGGCCUCCACACGCAAGAUCUCCCAAACUGCUCAGUCCACUUAUGAUCCCAGCCAUGGCUACAACCCGCAGCCAAUAGACAUCUCAGGGAUGGCUUUGUCCAGAGAACUGCAGUCUAUGGCUGAGCAACUGGCUGAGAACUACCACAACACCUGGGGCAGGAAGAAGAAAUUGGAGUUACAGGCUAAAGGUGGUGGUACACACCCUUUGCUUGUACCUUAUGACACUCUGACGGCCAAAGAGAAGGCCCGGGACAGGGAGAAAGCCCAGGAUCUUCUUAAGUUCCUCCAGCUCAACGGAUACGCUGUGACAAGGGGUCUAAAGGACAUGGAGCAGGACAUUUCUUCCAUCGAGAAGCGUUUUGCGUAUGGAUUCCUCCAGAAGCUUCUCAAAUGGAUGGACAUCGCUCAGGAAUUCAUCGCUCAUCUCGAGGCUGUAGUUAGCAGCGGUCGUGUGGAGAAGUCUCCACAUGAACAGGAGAUCAAAUUCUUUGCCAAGAUUCUUCUUCCACUCGUUAAUCAGUACUUCAAGAACCACUGCCUGUACUUUCUCUCUACUCCUGCCAAAGUUUUGGGCAGUGGAGGCCUUUCCUCUAACAAAGAGAAAGAGAUGAUUGCCAGUAUCUUCUGUAAGUUGGCUGCCUUGGUGAGGCACAGAGUAUCUCUUUUUGGAACGGAUGCACCUGCAGUGAUUAAUUGUCUGCAUAUUCUUUCGCGGUCCCUUGAUGCAAGGACUGUUAUGAAGUCAGGCCCUGAGAUUGUGAAGGCUAUCCUACGGCAGUUCUUUGAGAGUGCUGCAGAUGACAUUGAAAAGAUGGUGGAGAAUCUGAAACUGGGCAAAGUGUCUAGUAAAACCCAGGUUAAAGGUGUGUCCCAGAACAUCAACUACACCACAACCGCCUUACUACCUGUCCUCACUUCACUGUUUGACCACAUUGCCCAACACCAGUUUGGAGAUGACGUUAUUUUGGAUGACCUGCAAAUAUCCUGCUAUCGUUUGAUGUGCAGUAUAUAUUCGUUGGGAACUGUUAAGACUCCACAUGUGGAGAAACAGCGACCUGCUCUUGGAGAGUGUUUGGCACAUUUAGCAGCAGCUAUGCCAGUAGCCUUCCUGGAACCAGCACUGAAUGAAUUUAACACAUUCUCUGUCUACACAACCAAAACUCCAAGAGAGAGAACUAUUUUGGGACUGCCCAAUCAAGUUGAGGAGCUGUGCACAGACAUCCCAGAGCUGGAGGUUCUGAUGAAAGAAAUCAAUGACCUGUCUGAAUCAGGAGCUCGCUACACAGAAAUGCCCCAUGUGAUUGAGAUCACCCUGCCCAUGCUGUGUAAUUACCUUCCACGCUGGUGGGAGAGGGGCUCAGAAAACCUCCCAGAGCAGGAGGGCCAGAUCUGCACCGCCGUUACCUCCGAACAGCUCAACCAGCUGUUGGGUAGCAUUAUGAAGAUUGUCGUUAACAACCUGGGCAUUGAUGAGGCCUCUUGGAUGAAGAGAUUAGCAGUUUUUGCCCAGCCCAUUGUCAGCAGGGCUAAACCAGAGAUGCUUAAAUCCCACUUUAUUCCCACUAUGGAAAAACUGAAAAAGCGAGCAGGAAAGGUGGUGGCAGAGGAGGAGCAACUGCGCAUGGAGGGCAAAUCAGAGGUGGACAGUGAGAAUGGGACCAUACGAGAUGAGUUUGCUGUGCUGUGUCGAGACAUGUAUGCCCUUUACCCUUUGCUCAUCCGCUACGUGGACAAUAACAGGGCAAGGUGGCUGACCUGUCCAGACCCAGAUGCAGAAGAACUUUUCAGGAUGGUGGGAGAGGUCUUCAUCUUCUGGUCUAAAUCACAUAACUUCAAGAGGGAGGAGCAGAACUUUGUGGUGAUGAAUGAGAUCAACAACAUGUCCUUCCUCACUGCUGACAGUAAGAGUAAGAUGAGCAAGGCUGGAGACGGAGAGUCUGGAGGCUCAGAGCAGGAACGUAGCAAGAAGAAGAGACGAGGAGAUCGCUACUCUGUGCAGACCUCCUUGAUUGUGGCGGCAUUAAAGAAACUGCUCCCCAUCGGCCUAAAUAUGUGCUCUCCUGCUGACCAGGAGCUCAUCAACCUUGCUAAGAUCAGAUACUCACUGAAAGACACAGAUGAAGAGGUGAGGGAAUUCUUGCAAAACAACCUACAUCUGCAAGGCAAGGUGGAGGAUCCAGCUAUGCGCUGGCAGAUGGCUCUUUACAAGGAGAUGGCUGGAAAGGCUGAAGAUGCUGAAGAUCCCGAGAAGGUGGUGAAAAGGGUACAAGAGGUCUCGGCUGUCCUUUACCACAUCGAGGUGACUGAGCAUCCCUUCAAGUCGAAGAAAAUGGUAUGGCACAAGCUGCUGUCCAAACAGCGCCGCAGAGCAGUGGUGGCUUGUUUUAGGAUGACGCCUCUGUACAACAUCCCAAAGCACAGAGCCACCAACAUGUUCUUGAAUGCCUACAAGCGCAACUGGUUAGAAACUGAGGGCUACUCAUUUGAAGACAAGAUGAUUGAUGACCUGUCAAAAGCCAUGGAGGAAGAGGAAGAGGAGGAAGAAGAGACGGAGACAAAGCCUGAUCCUCUUCAUCAGUUGAUUCUUCACUUCAGUCGCACGGCUCUAACAGAAAAGACGAAACUUGAAGUUGACCAUCUUUACAUGUCUUAUGCUGAUAUCAUGGCAAAGAGCUGCCACAUUGGUGAGGAAGACGAAGGGGGAGAACUGGAGGGGGAGGAGCCAUCCUUUGAGGUGCGGCAGACAGAGAUGGAAAAGGAGAUGGAGAAACAGAGGCUUCUGUACCAGCAGUCCCGUCUGCACAACCGUGGGGCUGCAGAGAUGGUGCUGCAAAUGAUCAGCGCCUGUAAAGGUGAACCUGGAGUCAUGGUUUCUUCAACGCUCAAACUGGGAAUCUCCAUCCUCAACGGAGGCAACAGUGAUGUUCAGCAGAAAAUGCUGGACUACCUGAAGGACAAAAAGGAUGUGGGAUUUUUCCUUAGCGUUCAGGCUCUGAUGCAGACCUGCAGCGUUUUGGACUUGAAUGCAUUCGAGAGACAGAACAAGGCGGAGGGACUUGGGAUGGUUUCAGAGGAGGGAUCGAAUGAGAAAGUAAUGGCAGAUGACGAAUUUACGUGCGACCUCUUCCGCUUCCUGCAGCUUCUGUGUGAAGGCCACAAUAAUGAUUUUCAGAACUACCUGAGAACCCAGACAGGCAGCACCACAACCAUCAACGUCAUCAUCUGCACUGUGGACUACCUGCUGCGACUGCAGGAGUCCAUCAGUGACUUUUACUGGUACUACUCAGGGAAAGACAUCAUCGAUGGACCCGGUAAGAGGAAUUUCUCCAAAGCCAUGACUGUGGCCAAACAAGUCUUCAACAGCUUGACUGAGUACAUCCAGGGUCCCUGCACUGGUAACCAGCAGUCUCUAGCCCACAGCAGGUUGUGGGACGCUGUCGUGGGUUUCCUCCACGUUUUUGCUCAUAUGAUGAUGAAACUGGCUCAGAUGCACCCUGAUCCUGGACAACGAAGUGUCGAUCAUUUUUGGAGUAGAACACACUCUGAGGAUUCGAGUCAAAUCGGACUGUUGAAAGAGCUGUUGGAUCUGCAGAAGGACAUGGUGGUCAUGCUUCUGUCUCUCCUUGAAGGGAAUAUUGUGAAUGGCACCAUUGCAAGGCAAAUGGUUGACAUGUUGGUGGAGUCCUCAAGCAACGUGGAGAUGAUCCUUAAGUUCUUCGACAUGUUCCUGAAGCUCAAAGACAUCGUGGCAUCUGACGCCUUCCGAGACUAUGUGACCGAUCCGCGUGGACUCAUCUCCAAGAAGGACUUCUCCAAGGCCAUGGACAGUCAGAAGCAGUACUCUCCAUCAGAAAUCCAGUUCCUGCUCUCCUGCUCAGAAGCCGAUGAAAAUGAAAUGAUCAACUUUGAGGAAUUUGCGGAUCGCUUCCAGGAGCCGGCAAAAGACAUCGGUUUUAACAUAGCUGUUCUGCUGACGAACCUGUCUGAGCACGUGCCCCAUGACACCCGCCUUCAGAACUUCCUGGAGCAGGCGGAGAGCGUGCUCAACUACUUCCGGCCUUUCCUCGGUCGCAUCGAGAUUAUGGGAGCCAGCAGGAGGAUUGAGCGUAUUUACUUCGAGAUCAGCGAGGCCAACCGGAACCAGUGGGAAAUGCCGCAAGUCAGAGAGUCCAAGCGGCAGUUCAUCUUCGACGUGGUCAACGAGGGUUGCGAGAGCGAGAAGAUGGAGAUGUUUGUGAACUUUUGCGAGGACACCAUCUUUGAGAUGAACAUUGCAGCGUCUAUAUCUGAGCCCGAGGGUGAUGGAGUGGAAGAGGAAGACGAUGAGGAGGAAAAGGAGGGCGGAGGAGAGGAAGCAGAGUCUGGAGAGGGCGAGGAAGGCAAUGGAGAGGGCGCUGUUCCUGAAUCAGCAUCGGCCUUUGCAGAAUUCCUGAAGAGUGUGAUGGAUUUCUUCAACAUGUUCACCUUCCGUAACCUGCGGCGUCAGUACCGAAAACUCAGAAGAAUGACAAUGAAGGAGAUGGUGGUCGGACUCAUAACGUUUGUCUACACCAUUCUGAUGGGAAUCCUCAUAUUUGUCUAUAACAUAUGUAAGGGAUUCUUCACACUCAUAUGGAAGGCUCUGUUCGGUGGGGGCUUGGUGGAGGGAGCCAAGAAGAUGACCGUCACAGAGAUUUUAGCCAGCAUGCCGGAUCCAACACAAGACGAAGUGCAUGGAGAUCUGCCACUAGAGCCAGGAGCUAGAGAGGACCAAGAAGCAGAUAUGGGAACGGACCACUUAGAUACGGUUGGAGGAGAAGAAGCGGAAGAGGAUGGGGAAGAAGGGGAAGGCGGCCGUCUACCUGGUUUUAACACACCUGGGGGUCUUGGAGACUUUGGAGAUACGACACCAGAAGAGCCUCCAACUCCAGAGGGCACCCCGUUGCUGAAGAGGAAACUGCUGGCUGCAGUGGGAGGACAAGGAGAGGAGGAGAACGUCCAACCUGAACAGGAGGCCCCUCAGGAGACUGAGAAGGCAGACAUUGAGAAUAGAGAGAAGACAGAGAAACCAGAGCCUGAACCUGAAGUGAAGGAGGAAGAGCCCGUGGAGAUCGAGGAGAAAACGGUGAAGACAAAAACAAAGAAGGACAAGAAACCUGCUGAGGGGGGCUUUGAGUUGUGGAAUGAGCUGGAGGUGCAGAGGAUUAAAUUCAUGAACUACCUUUCCCGUAACUUCUACAACCUUCGGUUUUUGGCUCUGUUCAUCGCAUUCGCUCUUAAUUUCAUCCUGCUCUUCUACAAGGUGUCCGACUCUCCUCCAGGUGAGGAGGAGUUUGAGGGGUCUGGUCUGUUUGAGGGCUCCGGCCUGUUCGAAGGCUCCGGUGCUGAGGAAGAUGGGUCCGGAUUGGAGGAAGGUGGGGAAGAUGAUGACGAAGAGGGUCCUUUGUACUACUUCUUGGAAGAAAGUACCGGUUAUAUGGAACCAGCCCUGGCUUUCCUAGCCAUCACCCACACCAUCAUCUCCUUCCUCUGCAUCAUCGGCUACAACUGCCUUAAGGUCCCUCUGGUUAUCUUUAAAAGGGAGAAGGAGCUGGCCAGAAAGCUGGAGUUUGAUGGUCUGUAUGUCACUGAGCAGCCUGAAGAUGAUGACAUCAAGGGGCAGUGGGACAGACUGGUCCUUAACACACCAAGUUUCCCAAAUAACUACUGGGACAAGUUUGUGAAGAGAAAGGUUCUAGAUAAAUACGGCGACAUCUAUGGCAGAGAGAGAAUCGCCGAGCUGCUCGGUAUGGAUCUGGCAUCUUUAGAUGUCAGUGCCAUGACCCAUGAGAAGAAACCUGAACCUGAUACCUCAAUGUUCAGCUGGAUAACAUCGAUUGAUGUCAAAUACCAGAUUUGGAAGUUUGGGGUCGUCUUCACUGACAAUACAUUCCUUUACCUGGUUUGGUACAUGCUGAUGUCUCUACUGGGACACUACAACAACUUCUUCUUUGCUUGCCAUCUUCUGGACAUCGCCAUGGGUGUCAAAACGCUGCGGACCAUUCUGUCUUCUGUUACCCACAACGGCAAACAGCUGGUGAUGACCGUGGGCCUGCUGGCUGUCGUGGUGUACCUCUACACUGUGGUGGCCUUCAACUUCUUCCGCAAGUUCUACAACAAGAGCGAGGAUGAGGAUGAGCCGGACAUGAAGUGUGACGACAUGAUGACUUGUUACCUGUUCCACAUGUACGUCGGCGUGCGCGCUGGUGGAGGCAUCGGAGAUGAAAUCGAAGAUCCAGCCGGGGAUGAAUAUGAGCUCUACCGAGUUGUGUUUGACAUCACAUUCUUCUUCUUUGUCAUCGUCAUCCUGCUGGCUAUCAUCCAGGGUUUGAUCAUUGAUGCCUUUGGUGAGCUCAGAGACCAGCAGGAGCAGGUCAGGGAGGACAUGGAGACCAAGUGCUUCAUCUGUGGAAUAGGAAGUGACUACUUUGAUACAACGCCGCAUGGCUUUGAGACUCACACCUUAGAAGAGCAUAAUUUAGCCAACUACAUGUUCUUCUUGAUGUAUCUCAUCAAUAAGGAUGAAACAGAACACACAGGACAGGAGUCGUAUGUGUGGAAGUUGUACCAGGAGAGAUGCUGGGACUUCUUCCCUGCUGGAGACUGCUUCAGGAAGCAGUAUGAGGACCAGCUGGGAUAAAUAUUUACUGUCGCUUCUUAAAGAGAAUGAGAGGAGAGAGGAGCGAGAACAAGAGCAAAGAAAGAUCCUGCCAUGUAGAGCAGGAACACAUCCGUGUCUUAGUUUUGUCGUUUGUCUGCACAUUUUUCUUGUCUGUUAAAAGCUAUGCACACUUUGACUGCACUUUUCAACCAACUGCAGCAGAAUGUUGAAGAAAGCGUCCUAGAGGCGUAGGGAAACAAAGCAAAGCCAAGAGCCUUUUGAUUCUGCUGUAAACACAUGGCCUUUCCUGUGUAAAUUAUACAUAGAUUGCCUUGUAUAUCAACUGCGCCUGUACACAUGAGGCUCUGUUAGCCGCUACUGCUGUAAACAUUCUAGUGCCUAUAGCAAUGUCACUGCUUUAGCUGUCAGUCUCAACCUUUAGUUUAAAUAAUUUCUGAUAAAGGUUUAACAUGUCCACAUUUGUAAAGUUUGUCUCAUAGGAAAAUAUGAAACGGUCACAAAAUCUGAGGAAACCAAACCGUUGUGGAUUCACAGACAUCCAGGACAUGGCAACCCUGAGUGACACCUGGACUUCUUUUCUUGUUUUCUUAGAGAAGUUUAAACCCUCAUCCAAAAGGCUUCCUCAGUUCUGAUCGUGUACUGGGAGAUGCAGGCUUGUAGCUAGGACAAUGACAUCUGUCCCACCAUGUGACCCACUUGGGUCGCUGUCACCUGUGUGACUUUCAGAGUAUUUAUAAGCUUGAGAGGUUUGUGUUUUGUUUUUUUAUGUAUCUUGUUGAGUUGUCAGUUCUUUUUUAAUCAUUAAAGUCUGCUUUAAUGCAGCCUAACCCAUUGGUAGGGCAUUAGUAGUGUGAAAAAUUGUGACAACCCCACAAGACAUAUCAUUCACAGAACAAGAGUCAAUCUUUACUUAACAACAUUCUGGUAUCCUUUCUAAUCUGGAAGGAUCUGCAUGUUAAAUGUGACACAAUAUGCCUUCUUGUGACGACUUUACUGAUAGUUUUACUGAUCAAAGGCCAGAUUUAGCUUGUUGGGGUUGAAGUGACAGAUUUUAUGGAUUUCAGUCUUGCUGUUUCGAGACAAAAGCUUCCCACAAGCGAUCAUGAACUUAAACCAACUCACCAAAACCGUGAAUAAGAUAGAACUCAAGUAUGUGGAAUAAACACCUGUGCGAAUCAGCUGUUUAGACACUCUGCAGUCUGACAAUGUGUCCCUAGAUGUUUGUGGACUCCCGUCUCUACUGGCACCUCUUUGCCCUAAUAGAUAGUGAGACAAACACACACACAAGGGGGACGCCGAGGUAAUUUAUUCUGUUUUACGCAGAUAAAGAUGUCUGGAAUGAGGUUUUAUGCACAAAGUCAGUGCAAUAAAAUAAGUGUUGAAUGUAUCUAAUAAGAACUUGAUGAAAAGACAUAUUUUACAUUCGUCAUGGAUUGUUAUAUUUAUUUUUCUCUAAGGCUCUGAGGUGUGGACAUAAUCUUGUUUUCAGACACGAGCUUCUCACAGACCCUGGAUGGUGAAGGGAAUUAGUCUUACCAUGAAAGAAGGCUCCAGUUUUCAGCCAGAAACAGAGUGUUUGCUUUUCUUUCAGCUCGUUAGGUUUUUACCAUAGAUAUUUUUAGAAAUUCAGCAUUCGGAUAAUUUUUCUCAGUCAAGUUGUGUGUGAUGCGUUGAUUUCUGACACAUUCACUUGCUCUCCAUCUUGAAUUAAUGACGUGUCGGAGACAGAGUGGUGUUUUUGGUUGCUGGUGGCUCUGAGGUGGACCUGAUGGUUUGAAGAUGAAUGGAGGUCACAACUUUCCACUUGACUGAGUGUCCUCUGACUAAACCCUGUGUUUCAAUAUGGAAUAAACAGAUUAUUUUAAGGAGAA